AUGUCUCUCUUCAAGUCCACCAAGAACCAGUCUGCCUCUGCUGCUGCCUCUCCUGCUCAGACUCCUCGCCCCUCAGUCGACGCCCAGCGUCCUGCCGCACAGACUACCAAGAAGAUGACCAUCGAGCAAGCUCUUGACUCUGUCCUGCACAAAACUGUCCAGACCAUGCCUUCCAUCUCUACCGUCAUCGCUCUCAAACUAUCGAAGCUGAUCAGAAUCCUCCUUCACAGCAUGCCCGAUGGCCACGUCUCGACCCUGUUGCGAGUCGCGUAUCUCUCAGAAUCGUCGGAACCAGGACAUCAGCAGACAGUAGAGGCUACAACGAAAAUCAUCCCAUAUUACUCGUUCGUCACCAGCGUGGGGGUCAAGCCCAGUUACAGACUUCCUUUCACCAUCCUUUUGGGUGUCGAUGCUGGCUUUCGCGACUAUCUGAAGCGUUACGGACAUACGAGACGAUACUUGCUCGAGUGUUCUGUCAAGGACGACCUCGCGUACAAAUCAUACGAUUGGAGAGUUCAGUAUCCUGCUGGCCAAGAACUCUGCAGGGACUUGACAUGGGCGCUCAGUAUGGAUACAGAGCGUGUCAAGACCUUGUCCGUCCCUCUCUCAGAUAUCGCUCGCUACUUGCCAUUGGUCAGUCGCUUCGAGGUCCUUGCGGACGUGACGUUUUUAUUGGACAGGAACACCCGACCAGCUGGAGACUGGCAACAAAGUGCGACUCUAGAACAGCAAGAGGCAUGGAAGAUGCUACAGAUAGAGAGGUUGCAACAACUCGAGGCUAUGAUUUUGUUUACUCAGGAGCACCGGAGACGCCACCCCGGGGUACUUGCCACUGGUCGACUCAAACUCAAGGAGAGCGCUUAUGAAGAGGAUGGCCCAGAGGAAUACCAACUUCGCUUACUCAAGUCUCUCCCACCACUGAACAAGGCGGAACCAGUACCGUAG